UUCUAUAAAUGAACGACGCAGUCCCCUGAAGCGUCCGGCCAUCUUAUCUUCUUCUACUGCUGCUCCGCUAGGGUUGGAGCAGGAAGGAUGAUGCAGAGCUCGCUGAGGUACGAUGGUGAUUCCAAGUCCCUUCGCAUCCACGCCAAGGAGAGGAUUCCACUCGCCUCCGAUACCCUACUCCAGGCUCAUGCGGAGUUAGACACCAAAUCUGGAAGUCCUAGUUAUCUUUCUUUAAUGUUUCGGCAUUUUUAUCCUGAGGCGUCAGCCAGCAUGGGUAUGGGCGUCCAAUUUAACAAAGAUGAGAAACUGAGCUAUACUGUUCAAGCAAAGAGAGCAUUCCCAAUCACAGCCAAUGGAUUAGCGGGCAUAAACUUGAAAGGGAGGUACUAUUUUGCUGAAGGAUUUAAGGAGAGGAAGGCAAAAGGUGCAGUUGAGUUAGCAUGGGCCAUUCUCAAUUUCCAGAAAGAACAAGAUGUGAGGAUUAAAUUUGGAUAUGAUAUCAGUAACCAGGUGCCGUAUUUACAGAUCAGAGAAAACAAUUGGACCCUUAACGCCGAUGCCAAUGGAAAAUGGAAUGUGAGAUUUGAUCUCUGAUCCUUACCUUUACCAUUUAUGGCAGGUGUAAGACUGAGACUCAUUUUUGAAGGCUUGAGUUGAUUCAUCUCUACCCUAUGGCAUUGUAUUGAUAGCAUGACCCAUUUUCGAUUGUUGUUAUUGAGUAAUGUUCUUUCA